CCUGCGCACAGCGCGCUCUCGCCAGAGGAGCCGCAGUCUCGGGAGCGCCCAGGCGGUGUUUCGAUAAUCUCUGACCCGCCUCUCCUGCGAACCCGGCGUCAUUGGACUGCACCCCGGGUGGGGACGUCCGCCGAGCACGGGAGGAAGCAACGAUGCCGAUCAAUAAAUCAGAGAAGCCAGAAAGCUGCGAUAAUGUGAAGGUGGUGGUUAGGUGCCGGCCCCUCAAUGACAGAGAGAAAUCAAUGUGCUACAAGCAGGCUGUCAGUGUGGAUGAGAUGAGGGGAACUAUCACUGUACAUAAGACUGAUUCUUCCAAUGAACCUCCAAAGACGUUUACUUUUGAUACUGUUUUUGGACCAGAGAGUAAACAACUAGAUGUUUAUAACUUAACUGCCAGACCUAUUAUUGAUUCUGUUCUUGAAGGCUACAAUGGGACUAUUUUUGCAUAUGGACAAACUGGAACAGGUAAAACUUUUACCAUGGAAGGUGUUCGAGCUGUUCCUGAACUUAGAGGAAUCAUUCCAAAUUCAUUUGCUCACAUAUUUGGUCAUAUUGCAAAAGCAGAGGGUGAUACAAGAUUUUUGGUUCGAGUGUCUUAUUUGGAAAUAUAUAAUGAAGAAGUUCGUGACCUUUUGGGCAAGGAUCAGACACAGAGGUUAGAGGUUAAAGAAAGACCUGAUGUGGGAGUUUAUAUCAAGGAUUUAUCAGCUUAUGUGGUAAAUAAUGCUGAUGAUAUGGAUAGAAUUAUGACACUGGGCCACAAAAAUCGUUCUGUUGGUGCAACUAAUAUGAAUGAACAUAGUUCCCGUUCCCAUGCCAUCUUUACAAUUACUAUAGAAUGCAGUGAAAAAGGCGUUGAUGGUAACAUGCAUGUCAGGAUGGGGAAGCUCCAUCUUGUAGAUCUUGCUGGUUCAGAAAGACAAGCAAAAACUGGAGCUACUGGGCAGCGCCUGAAAGAAGCUACAAAAAUCAAUCUUUCACUUUCUACCCUUGGUAAUGUUAUUUCUGCCUUGGUUGAUGGAAAAAGCACUCAUGUGCCUUAUCGUAACUCUAAAUUGACUCGUCUUCUUCAGGAUUCCUUAGGAGGAAAUUCAAAAACCAUGAUGUGUGCAAAUAUUGGACCAGCAGAUUACAAUUAUGAUGAAACCAUCAGUACAUUGCGGUAUGCUAAUCGUGCUAAGAAUAUUAAAAAUAAAGCUAGAAUUAAUGAAGAUCCAAAGGAUGCUUUGCUUCGUCAGUUUCAGAAAGAAAUAGAAGAACUGAAAAAAAAGCUUGAAGAAGGGGAAGAAAUAUCAGGCUCUGAUAUCAGUGGGUCAGAGGAGGAUGAUGAUGAAGAGGGUGAGGUUGGAGAAGAUGGAGAGAAAAGGAAAAAAAGAAGGGGCAGUAGCAGCAGCAGUAGUUCAGACUCCACAUGUUCUGUCAUAGAGAAACCUCUGGAUAAGUUCUUGCCUAAUCAAGCAGGUAAAAAGAAAGUUUCCCCAGAUAAAAUGGUUGAAAUGCAAGCAAAAAUUGAUGAGGAGAGAAAAGCACUUGAAACAAAGCUUGACAUGGAAGAAGAAGAAAGAAACAAGGCUAGAGCUGAGUUAGAGAAACGGGAAAAAGAUCUUCUUAAGGCCCAACAAGAGCAUCAGUCUUUGCUAGAGAAAUUAUCUGCACUGGAGAAGAAGGUAAUUGUUGGUGGUGUUGAUUUGUUGGCAAAAGCUGAGGAACAAGAGAAACUUCUUGAAGAAUCCAACAUGGAAUUGGAAGAAAGGAGGAAAAGAGCAGAGCAACUUCGCAGAGAACUUGAGGAAAAGGAGCAAGAACGCUUGGAUAUUGAAGAAAAGUAUACCAGUUUGCAAGAAGAAGCUCAAGGAAAGACCAAGAAGUUAAAGAAAGUUUGGACUAUGCUGAUGGCUGCAAAGUCAGAGAUGGCCGAUCUCCAACAGGAACAUCAGAGGGAAAUUGAAGGCCUUUUGGAGAACAUUCGACAACUUAGCCGGGAGCUUCGACUUCAGAUGCUUAUUAUUGAUAAUUUUAUACCUCAGGAUUAUCAGGAAAUGAUUGAAAACUAUGUCCAUUGGAAUGAAGACAUAGGGGAAUGGCAACUAAAAUGUGUUGCCUACACAGGAAAUAACAUGAGAAAGCAGACUCCAGUUCCUGAUAAAAAGGAGAAAGACCCCUUUGAGGUGGACCUUUCCCAUGUGUAUCUUGCCUAUACUGAGGAGAGCCUACGGCAGUCCUUGAUGAAAUUAGAGAGGCCACGGACUUCAAAGGGGAAAGCCAGGCCAAAAACAGGGAGAAGAAAGCGUUCUGCAAAGCCUGAAACUGUAAUUGACUCUUUACUUCAGUAAAUGUUACAGACUUAAAGUCAGAAUAAAAAUUAGUGAUAUCCUCAUGCCUGGACAAAACCUUUAAUUAAAACACUGAAGACUUUUGUGUUAUUUCAAAUAAUGGAAGCUGUAGAUCAUGCAGUAAGACUGGAACUAAUAAUUUGCCUAAUAACUUUUAGUCUAUAUAUAUUAAGUUAAUAUAACAUUAAAAUUGUACAAUUGGUAAUUGUUCAAAUUGUCAUAUUAGUUUUCAACUUAUACUGUGCAGGGAAGUUGAGAGAGCAGCUUAUACUAUAGAGAGUUGCAGUUUAAAUGUAUACAUAAAUCUGCUAGUGAUUUACUCAACUACUGUAUAUUUAGAUAACCGGAUAUUCAAAAUAGAAAAAAAAAUAUAAGUCCUGUUUUGCACAUAGAAAGUUGCAGGUCUAAUUGUCCUAUGUUUUCCUGUUAUAUAUGAAUGUAUGGGCUGCAAAUCUAAGAAAUGAUUCUAUCCUAACACCCACCUGGCCUUUUAUAAUAUGUUCUAAUUUUUAUACUAACAUUCAUUGCAUUUAAAAUAUGAGAUGGGUGAUCUUAUUGAGCUAUAGAAAAUUUUAUAAUUCUAUAGUCAAUCUUUAGAAGUAUACAUGUUUAAAAAACAAAAGUUGAAGAUAUGUUUCAUCUGGACCUCUCAUGAUUUCUUUUUGCCACUUUGACUUCAAGUCAAAUUUUUUGUUUGUUUGUUUUGGUUUCAUGUUUCUUGAAACAUUGAAUCUGUACCUGAAUACAAAGGAGUCACAGCUGCAGAAAAUUAAGAAGCUAAAUACUGAUCACUAACAUUUGCCUCUAUGGCUAUUAUUUUUUUAAAUUCACUUUGAAACAUGAUUAACUGAUGCUUUCCUGUGUCUGAGUUCUAAAUUUUGAUGAAAAUUGCUCUGUUUCUCCCAACUGAGAAAGAUCUCCGUUUUCUAGAAAAUACAGACAAAGCAAGAAAAAUAUCUUUUAAUUCUUUGCCUUUAAAACACUUUGUUUUGUCUUUCUUCUUAUUUUAUAAAGAAAAUAUUCUUCCCUGAAUUUCUUCCAUUGACAAAUCCAGUUAGACCAUACCUCUAAAAUAAAAAUUAUUUUUAUUUUAUAGUAAAAAAAAAAAAAAAAGUCAUAGAAUUGUUUGUUCUUUUGUUGACUGCUUACAAAAUUUUUAUUUUUUUAAAGUUAUGCUACUCCAAAACCACUAUAUAUAUAUGUGUGUAUAUAUAUAUAUAUAUCUUUUAUGAGUUUUAAAAUUAUGUAAUCAGCCCUGAAACGCAUUGGCUACAAGUUUUAAGACUUCAUAAAUGAGUAUUUAUUAAGUUAACAUUAUUUUAGUAAGUUUGGUUAAAUAUUGGUUUAUAAUUACAAAGAUGUAUAUAGAAUGGGGGUGAGCGAAUGUAGCGUUAUUUGUGAGGUGGUGGUAAAAAUGUGUCCAUAAAUUUAAAGUACAUUCCAAAGGUGAUGUACUAAAUAUCCUGUGUAUGGUGAAUAUUUUCUAGGUAAUAAGAAUUGCAGUUAACUGGCAGCAUUUUCUUUGUAACGUGUAAGAUAGUUAGACAUUUAUAACUUUGUGGGGCAUUGUUUAGGUACCGUGAAGACUUGAGGUGAAUUUAUGUCUUGUAAAAGCUUUGUGUAAGCAGAAUAUCUUGGCAAUUGUAGAUGCAUAUUUAACUCUGUUAAUAAUAACUCUAGAGAAAUCUUAAUUUUACCAGUAGGAAAAAAAUAUGACUACUUCUUCUUUUUAAAGAAUGCACGUGUCUACCCUUUAACCAUCCAGAUAAUAGAAAAGGAAUAACUUUAGAAUUAAGCUUUAAAACAUUAUAGAAAAUUUAAGCCAGUGUGUUAGGUUUUUUUUUCUUUUCCACGCCAUAGCAGUAACAAAACAAAAUCUAUAAAAACUCAAAACGUUGAGAAAUUUUAAAAACAGGCUACUUUAGCAGUUUUUUUUUUAAA